UCAGGAGCCGCCGCCAUUUUGAGGCCGCCGCCGCUGCCCGUCCCCGCUCCGCUCUCGCUCCCCGCCUGUGCCGCCGCCGCGAUGCGUCCCGGCAUCAAACUCUUCGUGGGCAACGUCCCCGAGGAGGCGACGGCGGAGGAGCUGAGCGAGCUGUUCGCCGGCGCCGCGGGGCCGGUGCUGGGCAUCGCCCUCAUGAAGCAGUUUGCCUUCGUGCACCUGCGGGACGAGGCGGCGGCCGCGCGCGCCAUCUCGCAGCUCAACGGGCACCAGCUGCACGGGCGCCGCAUCGUGGUGGAGCCGUCCCGGCCGCGCCCCACCAACACCUGCAAGAUCUUCGUGGGGAACGUGUCGGCCGCGUGCACGAGCGGGGAGCUGCGCUCGCUGUUCCAGCAGUACGGCCCCGUGGUGGAGUGCGACGUGGUGAAAGACUAUGCCUUUGUGCACAUGGAGAACGAAGCCGAUGCUAAAGUUGCCAUCGAAAACCUAAACGGGAAGGAGGUGAAGGGGCGCCGGGUGAACGUGGAGCUCUCCACCAACGUGCAGAAGAAGGGCGGGGGCCAGGCCCCGCCGCCCGCCCUCGGCGUCGACAAGACCAAGCGCAUCGGCCUCGAGUACCGCGAGAAGUUCCAGCCCAAGAUCGAGGGCUUCGACCAGCAGCGCCGGGUGGCCGACGCCGCCUUCCCCUCGGCCGCGGGCGCCGGCUACGGCACCGCCUCGUCCCUGUACGAUUACCAGCAGCGCUUUGGCGCCAAGUACGACGCCUUCGAGGCGCCGGCCCGGCCCAGCUCCCCCUCCUACUUCGGCAGGGACCGCAGCCCCCUGCGGCGCUCGCCCACCCGCGCCGGCUACGCGGCGGUGACGCUGCCCGUGACGGCGCAGCCGGCCGCCUACCGCGCCCAGCCCUCGGCCUCGCUGGGCGCCGCGUACCGCGCCCAGCCCUCGGCCUCCGUGGGCGUGGCCUAUCGCCUGCAGCCCACCACGGGCCAGGCGGCCGCGUACCGCACCCAGCCCUCGGCCUCGCUGGGCAGCGCCUACCGCUCCCAGCCCUCCGUCGGCUCCCUGGGCGCCGCGGGCGCGCAGCCCGCCGCCAACUCCCUCGGCUCCUACGGCGCCCAGCCCGCCGCCGCCUACGGCGCCCAGCCCGCCGCCAACUCCCUCAGCUCCUACGGCGUCCAGUCCGCCGCCCUGGCCUCCUCCUACAGUGCCCAGCCUGCCUCCGGCUACUCGUCCGGCUACGGCACCCAGCCCGCCGUGGCUGCGUACGGCGCCCAGCCUGCCGCCGGCCCCGCUCCCUCCUACGGCGCCCAGGCCGUGGCCACACACGUGGCAUCCUAUGGCGCCCAGCCCGCCGCCGCCUCCUACGGCGGCCAGCCUGUGGAUGGCCACGCCGGCUCCUACGGCGCCCAGCCCGGCACCGCGCUCUCCGCUGGCUACAGCGCCCAGGUGGUGACCGGUCACGCCACCGCCGCCUACCAGCCCGUGGCCGGCCACUCGGCCUCCUACGGCGCCCAGCCCGCGCUCUCCUCGUACGGUGCCCAGCCCACCGUGGGCCACUCGGCCUCGUACGGCGCCCAGCCCGCCGCCGGCCUGCCCGCGUCCUACGGCAGCCAGCCCACCGCCGCCGCGCUCCCCGCCGGCUACGGCGCGCAGGCGGGCUCGUCGCUGGCCGCGUCCUACGGCAGCCAGGCUGCCGCCGCCGCCUCCUACAAGGCGCAGGCCUCCGCCCCGCUGACGGCCGCGUACCGGGCCCAGGCCUCCAGCGCCAUGGCGGCCUCCUACCCGGCGCAGCAGCCGUCCUCCGCCGCGCUGGCGGCCGCGUACCGAGCCCAGCCGGGCAGCGCCUACGACGGGCCGAGCCAGCUGGGGCAGCCGGCGGGCUCCUACCUGGGCCUGGCUCAGGCCGCCGCCGCCGCACCGCCCUACGAGCGCACCCGCCUGUCCCCGCCUCGCAGCGCCGUCUACGACGACCCGUACAAAAAAUCGUCCGCCCUGGCUAAAAGGUACGGCUCCGAGCGCCGCCUGUCCGACCUGGCCGAUUACCGGCGCUUAGCCGACUCGCCGCUGGGCUACCGCCGCUCGCCCACCAAGUCCCCGCUGGACUAUCGCCGGCUGCCGGACGCGCACGCCGAGUACGCCCGGUACUCGGGCGGGUACAACGACUACCUGCCCGCCGCCCGCGUCCACUCGGGCUACCAGCGCCGCCUGUGAGCCGCUCCCGGCGCACGGACUGGCCUUUUUUAGCUGCUUUUUUCGGUUUGUCGCUCUUUAUUUGAGUUUUUCUAGAGGGUUCCGCGGUUACGGUGCUCGGUGCCGGUUCGUAACCACCGAGGCUCUUUUUGUACCACGAGUCGCCCCGUUUUUGGGUGAAUUCCCCCCGUUUCCAGCGUCGUGCCCGGCGCGGUGCCGGGGUUUUUUAUGAUUGUAAAUAAACACUGGGGUCUGUUCGGUUCCC